AUGGAAAUAGAGAGACAAAGUGAAGAAAGUGCAAUGGUCAAAUAUUAUAAACACAAGAUAGAUGAAAUGACAUAUGAGUAUUGUACAGAGUUACAAAAUCAACGACGAUUAAUUUCUAAAAGAAAUCAAUUAAAUGACCAAGUAAGACGAAUGAAAGAAGAACUUCAAUUAUUAUCAGAACCGUCAUGUUCAGUUGGGGAAGUUAUACGAGCUGUAGGAAAAGAUAAGGUAUUAGUUAAAUCAACACAAGAAGGAAAAUAUGUUGUUAAAGUCGAAGCAGGAAUUGACAUAAGAGCAUUGAAACCCAACCAACGAGUAGCACUAAAAAGUGAUACAUAUAGUAUUUGUAAAGUUCUUCCAAAUCAAGUAGAUCCAUUAAUAUCAUUAAUGAGAGUAGAAAAAGUACCAGAUUCAACAUAUGAUAUGAUUGGAGGAUUAGAUCAACAAAUUAAAGAGAUAAAAGAAGUAAUUGAAUUACCAAUCAAACAUCCUGAAUUAUUUGAAUCACUUGGAAUUGCACAACCCAAAGGUGUAUUAUUGUAUGGACCACCAGGAACAGGCAAAACAUUAUUAGCAAGAGCUGUAGCACAUCAUACGGAUUGUACAUUUAUUCGAGUUUCAGGGACAGAAUUA